AUGCCCACCUUUGUAGUCGAGCACCUCGAUCCUGAGCUAGGCCCCUGGUCUACGCUGGAAUAUGCCUGCAUUGCCCGCGAAUCCCACGCGCGCGAUGCUCGCUUUCUACUGAGUUCCGUCCCCGCCGAACUGAAGAUGCCCGCCGAUCUGGCCGCCACCAAGGGUUUGGAGGUCGAGCAGCGCAGCGUCGAGGAGAUUUUUGCCGAUCGCAAAGACAAGGUCUGCUUGCUGGAUCCCUCGGCUCAGACUGAGUUGAGUCCCCAGGAUGGUGAGACUUUCGACGUCUUCCUGUUCGGUGGUAUCUUGGGUGAUGACCCUCCGAGAGAUCGUACUUCUGAACUGAGGAAGAAGGGCUACGUUGGUCGCAGAUUGGGUCCUAAGCAGAUGACUACUGAUACUGCGGUGCGCGUAACUCGCAUGGUGGUCCACGAGAAGGUUCCUCUGGAGGAAAUUCCCUACCUGGACUACCCCGAACUGCUCAUCAACGAGCAUGAGCGCACCGAGAUGCCUUUCCGCUACGUGAAGGAUGCCGAUGGCAAGCCCAUCAUGCCUGAUGGAAUGGUGAACUUGAUCAAGAACGAUGCUGACAAGUCCCUGGAUGAUUUGAUCUAA